AUGUACCGCGCGUGUUUGGUUAAUCCAGAGCAAACUCGGCUUCAAAUGAUUCUUUGGCGUGAUUCGGAUCAGGGUCCUAUUGACACUUAUGAGUUGCUUACGGUCACGUACGGUACUGCGUCAGCAAGUUAUCUGGCAACCCGUUGUCUGAAAGAACUAAGCAAUGAAUGCAAGAAUUCGGUAAUAGCUGAGGUUAUCGGCACUCACUUUUAUGUUGAUGAUUUGCUCACGGGGGCUAAUUCAAUAGAUGAGCUAAAUUCAAUCGUUAACCAGGUAAAAUCAAAAUUGAGUGAAGGUGGUUUUGAACUAGCCAAAUGGACAACGAAUAGUUCCCAAGUAAUUCGAGAAUUUACACAAUCCGUAGAAUUGGUAGAUCUUGGUAGAUACGAGAAUACCAGAACGCUGAGGUUGUUGUGGGACCCCGGGGAUGAUCAAUUUAGAUAUAAAAUUACCGAAAUGUCUUAUCAAAAAAUUACAAAACGGUCGAUAUUAUCGGACAUUGCGCAGGUGUUCGACCCCAUCGGUUUUUUAUCUCCGGUCAUAAUUUCCGCAAAAGUUAUAUUCAAAAGAAAUUUGGCAAUCCGGGAUAAAUUGGGACGAUCCAUUACCAAAUAA